UUUUUUUAGCUAAUGGAUAGGGCCGUGAUGAUAUUAUUAAAUGACAAUAAAAGCGGUGGUAUCGCUGUUUCUCGGCAUUGGUUGAAAAGACGGAUCGUUACCUUCGACACGCCAUUCUUGUCUUAACACGGACGAAGGUGUUGAUUCUGAUACCUACUAUAACGGGUGUGCACGGACUUAAAGGAGUACCCGACAGACAUACGACAAAUAGAGAUACGCCACUUGCUCAACAGUUACACACCCAGUGCAACAAAUCCGGUGAACAGUUUGUGUUAUUCUUGCUUCGUUAGCGUUCAAAAAGUUCCAACACUGGAGACAAUUCAUUGUGGAUUUCUUGUUUGUUCUUUAAAGAUUUUCUUGGAAGACUAUAUAGCUUUUGGACUUUUAAAUUGCAAUCAUGCAUCAUCUUCCAUACUACUACACAACAGAGCAGAUUAAGUCGUACCAGAACAGUAUGCUGGCGGCAGCUGCUGCGUCAGGGAACCAGUCCCUCUUCACCAUCGAGAGUAUUUUGGCCCCUCGGCCCCUCCUUGCUCAUAGACCGUCCCCUUACUUCCCCUACCCAGGUCUAACUCACUCGGCCCAGGACCUAUUUGCUGCUACAUACAAUCCUUUCCCCGGUCUGAUGAACCCAGCUGAUCUCGCACGUGCUGGCCAAAAACGGAAACGACGUCACAGGACAAUUUUCACAGAGGAACAGUUAGAAGACUUGGAAGCUACGUUCAACAAAACGCAUUACCCCGAUGUACUACUGAGGGAAGAACUCGCAAUGAAAAUAGACCUGAAGGAGGAAAGAGUUGAGGUUUGGUUCAAGAACAGACGUGCAAAAUGGAGGAAGGUCAAACGGGAGGAAGAAGCGGCCAGAAGACUCUCCGAGGCUGCGCAAAAAGGUGAUCUGGAUCCUAAAUCAGACAAAAGUGAAAACGAGACUGAAUCUACUUGUGAUAGAGAAAUCAACAAGAGUGCUGACUCCGACAGUGACUGUUUCUCUCACCGAAGUACAGACUCACCAAAAAUAGACAUUGAAAACGAAGUAGUCGAUUCUGAAGACGAAGAAACAAACAACACAUCCGAACACCGUCUUUCCUCAAGUCCAGCACCUUGUUCUAGUCAUUCAUCGACGUCAUGAAGUCUUCACGUUCACUUAAAUACCAGACUUGCAUUUGACUUUAAAUGUUCAAAACAUCGUAGUGCUUUAUGUGUACUGCGUCACAAAAUUGGUAACCAAGGAUAUACAUGCGCCUCAUUGGGCACAAACACUUGAGCUUUGAUGUUUGGCUCUGAAUCCUGAUGGUGCAAGAGUUUAUCUGUGAUACAAACAUUCAUCUAUCCAAGACGUGUUAUCUGGUCAGUGGCCCUAAUUCAAGCAUUACGAGGACAAAGAUGACAACAUAAACACUGAGUUUUGUCUUUUGUCAAUUUUGAGCAUUAAACAUUAAUCAUAUUCUUUUUUUAUUGGUGAAUUCCAGUGAGGCUGUGCAAUUUAUGAAAGUGUGUAUGCUGUGUUUUGUGUGUGUUCAUAAUAUUUGUGGUAAAACCUUAUCUGUGUUUGUCAAUUAAGACAAAUUUGAUUGGUCAGUUGUCGGCAAUGAAUCUCAAAGUCAUCACAUGACUUAUGUAAUACUCAAAUGUGGUUUGAUAUGAUAGAGAGAGAGUGUGUGUUAAAGAAUUGAAUUAUGGCAUAAAACUUCUGUAAAUGAGUCCUAGGGUUUUGUAUUCAAUGAAUUUUUUAAUCGUCACAAGACUUUAUUAUGUUAAGUAUGAAAAGCCUGUUGGUCCUUUUCCCUUUCUUAUAAUACACUUAUUACUUUAUGAAAUUUUAUUUAAAUACUUGAGAACUGUAAUAUAUGUGGCGUUCGGUGAGACGCUGUUGGUUAAAUGGUUUACACAAGAAUGAAACCUGUGAACUAGUGCAUGUCUAAAUGUUGUAUAUUGCGUGUGUACAUAAUGGUAUUUAUAUACUUUCUGUAUGUCAGAAAAAAAUAACAAUAAAG